AUGUAAACAACAAAAUUGGAGCGAAAUUUUGUAAAUGAAAAUUUGAUUUCUAAAUAUCUAAAGUGUAUUAUUUGUUCUGCUGUUUUUGAUGAACCAACAAGAUUAAGAUGUGGGUAUUAUUUUAUUUUUGAUGAAGCCAUACAUUUUGUAAAUUAUGUAUUUCUUAAUGGUUAAAUGAUCAUUCAACAUGUCCUGAAUGUAGAUCAGAAGCUAAAAGAAAGAAUUUUCAAAGUAUUUUUUAUCAAAACAAAUUUUUAUAGUCGACCGUAUUGCUGCAGGAAUAAUAAGUGAAUUAGAUGUUUAUUGUUCAAAUAAAAAUUAUGGUUGCAAAUGGAAGGGUGUUAUAGAUAGAUUAGAUAGUCAUCAAAGAAAAUGCACUGCUAAAAUGGUAGCAGAAUAACUUAAUUUGAAAAUUCAAUCAAAUUAAAAGUUUGAUGAUGAUCAUGAACUUGCUUAUCAAAAUGAUCCAGGGAACCUUGUAACAAGAAUUAAUGCUAAUUUAAAGGAUAAAAAAGAAGUUAUUGAUGCAUUAAAAUCUUCUAGUGAAAAUACAAAAGAUAAUAAUUUAGAAGAUGAUGAUCCAUUAGCAUUUUUAGAUCAAUUAUAAUAAUUCUCAGAUGAUAAUCCUUUAGAAGAAAUGAGAAUGAUUGAUUUCAUUGAUUAGGAUCUUCCUAAAUAAUGUCGUGAAAGAAUAAUAUCAUAAUUAAAUUAAUGA